AUGGCAUCCGCAGCAUCGAUGACAGCCCUAUGGUCUCUCAUCACACUUCUCUUCUUUACCUCAACCACCACCUCUGUGCGAAUCACUCGUCCCACAUACUUCCAAACCUUGGCCCCCAGCAGCAGCUCCUCGACGGACUCAACGCACCUCCUUAAGCGUCUUACUGGCGAUGCCAAAACAGGUGUCGCGCUGGGCGUCGUUUGCGGCGUCUUUGCAAUCGUGAGCUUGAUUGUCGCAUACACGGGAAUCAUGUACAAUCGAAAGAAGAAAGCCAAAGCUAAGGCGCGGCAGCUGGAGAUUGAGAAUGGCAUAGCAAUGGAGACUGACGGGCGAGGCGAGCAAGCGGCGCUUGGAGAUCAAAUGCCGCCGGUUUAUCAACAGACGGUGAAUCAGGCCGCCCUGGGUACUACCAAGGGUAUUGAUGUCAGUAAGAUUCGACCGAGUCGGACCGGGUAG